AUGCCCACCGCAUCCGAGGCCGGCCCAUCCCGGCAGCGUCGCCGCAGGGACUCGGCCGACGGCGCAGACCCCUCCAACCCGACCGCGGAAUCUUCGGGCAGGGAGGCGAGAAAGAGGAGAAGGGAGCGAGAGACUCGCACACCCUCGGCAGCCGACAAGGCGGCCAACGAGGAGGAGAGCAAGCGCGUCCGGAGCGGCUACAGAGACCUACAGGCACAGGCAGAAGACACCAAGAAGAACCUGGCCGCAUACGGACCCGAACACCUCGUCCGCCUGCUCAGCGCGUCCGAAGAGCUCUACAACAAAGUCAAAGAGCCGAAUGAUGCGCUACUCGAUUCAAAGUUUCUGCUCAACAUGAGCGAGAUCGGCACGCAGAUGAUGAAGACGGUCAAGCUCGACGGCGGCGCCUUUGACGUCGACGACUACCUCGGACGCCUGGCGCGUUUCAUGGGCGGCUCCGCCGCGCCGCUGCGACCGGGGCCGUCUGCACGCAACAGAGGUGCCAAUGGGCAUGCCAGCAGCGACGACGACGACGACGACGGAGCAGGCGAGAGCGGCGAUGCCGACGACGUGGAGAGAUGGGACUGGGACAAGCUCGGCAGGACGGCGGCGAAAUACUCGCGGAGAGCGCCAGCGCUCGAUUUUCUACUCGGCCCACUCCUGAUCCAGCAAAAGACCCGCAAGGCCACGCAGCGGAAGCCGGUCGAGCCCACGACGGGCGUCAGGGCCGCUCCAGCUCAGCUGCGACAAACCGACAUCCAGCAGAGUCGCGAAAACGACACGUCGAUCCAGGUGCGCCGCGUCGCCAAGCUCCUCACCGAGCACGGCAAGGGCGACGACGGCGGCGUCAGCCUGUUCCACUUUGCCAUCAACCCGGAGAGUUUCAGCAACACGGUCGAGAACCUGUUCUACAUCAGCUUCCUCAUCAAGGAGGGCAAGGCGCGGCUGUACGACGGCGCAGACGGCUUUCCGCGGCUUGCACCGGCGACACCGGCGACCGACGAAGACGCCGAGCGAGGCGUGAAAAAGAGCCAGUUCGUCUGGGAACUGGACAUGGACGUCUACCACGACAUCAUCCGGCUCUUUUCCAUUGAAUCCUGCAUUAUACCCACGCGCAAGGCCGCCGACAUUGUCACGGGCACGACGGCCAACGGCGCCCCUUCCACGUCGCAGAGGGCCAGAUCCGCCCGCGCCUAA